AUGAGAUCCUCGACCGUCUGCAGAGGCCCAGACGGGUUGAUUCAGGCAUCAUGGGUGUCUAGUGUUGUUCUACAGAAGGAGCUGGAAGCUUUCAAAGCUCGAGUCAGGGAAACGGAGGAAGAAGCAGAAAAGCUAAAGGAGCUACAGAACGAGGUAGAGAAGCAGAUGACUAUGAGUCCACCUCCAGGCAAUGCUGGCCCAGUGAUCACAUCCACUGAGGAGCAGACGGAAGCGGAUGCCCCUUCCAUCUGUGUUGGCAACGUGGACUACGGUGCAACGGCGGAAGAGCUGGAAGCACACUUUCAUGGCUGUGGUUCAGUUAACCGAGUUACCAUAUUUUGUGACAAAUUUAGUGGCCGUCCCAAAGGGUUUGCAUAUACAGAGUUCUCAAACAGUCAGUGAGGACUUCCCAGGCUUUAGAUGAGUCCCUGUUUAGAGGAA